AUGGUGCUAGCAAGCACACUGACGGACACGUGCCACCACACGAGAACAUUCAACACAUUUCCUUUCCAGUGGUCUGUCGCCUCUCUUUUUUUCCUCGUGACCGUCGUCGUCGUCAUCGUCGUCACUCUGAUAUUAACACCGUUACUUUUCUGCCUGUGUCUCUUUCUUCAACGCCGAAUACAAAGCGACGACCAAGCCAUUUUUAUUACUACGACGCCUACUACCUUAAUUACUCUCCUCUUCCUCACACUUAAUUCCCUCACCCCUCUCUUCUUUAUCUUUCUUUCUCCUCCGUCCUUCAUUUACUCUGAUCUCGCGUUCUGCUCAUUAUUCAUUCUCUUCUCCUCCUCUUCGUCCUUCGUUCUUUCUUCUCCUUUACUCAUCUGUUUUUUCUAUAUUCUCUUCUCCUCUUCCUCCUCCUCCGAUAUUUUCCUCUACCUCCUCUUCUGUUUCUUUCAAUACUCCCCCUUCUUUAUUCUUGCCUCUUCCUCCGCCCUCUUUUUCAUUGUCACCUUCUCUUAUCUUCUCCACCUCCGUCUUCUUCUCCAUGACUUUUCGUUCAUUCUCACUCCGACCUCAAUUCCACACUUGACACUCUUCUCUCAUCUCUCCUUUGUUUCCCUAACAUUGCUAUCACUCCAACACUCCUCAGCCCUUCACACUCUUUUCUCCUCUGCCUUCUCCAAUUCUCUCUAA